AAAGAGGAUACGUUCACGGUGAAUUUUAUUAGACUCUAACUUGGUAUCAGAAGCUGUAUUUUUUUCUCCUCCAUCUCCGUUCAUGGCUUCUCCCAAAUCCUCUUUUCAUCCGGCUUUGGCCAUCUCCAACAUCAAAAACUUUAUUCCCAUCACACUAGAUCUUGAUAAUUGUGAUUACGCUUCUUGGGCAGAGCUGUUUAAAAUCACGGCCCGAGCAUACCAGGUGCUUGACCACAUCGUCCCUUCUACCGAUGAUGGCUCAUCCGCCACCGCCUCUACCGACCCAUCUCUCACACUUGAACAGCGUCAAGCUCGUGACGCAGCCAAGGCCGAGGCCGAUGCUCUAUGGUCUCGUCUCGAUGCCGUUGUUUUGCAAUGGAUCUACGGGACUAUUUCCCAUGACCUUUUGCACACCAUCAUCGAGGUCGAUUCCACCGCCCAAGACGCGUGGGAUUCUCUCACCGAUUUGUUCCAAGAUAACAAGCACUCGCGUGCUGUUUAUUUGGAAAACGAAUUCUCCAACACGAAGCUUGAUCAAUUCCCGGAUGUCGCUGCAUACUGCCGAUCGCUGAAAGGCCUUUCCACCAAGCUCAAGAACGUCGGUGCCAAGGUCGACAAUGAUCGCCUUGUUCUGCGCAUGGUAAACGGGCUGUCCUCUGUUCCGGGCUUUGAUACCGUGGCCUCUUUGAUUCAGCAGAAGGAGCCUCUUCCUCCGUUUUCUAAGGCUCGCUCGAUGGUAAUACUUGAGGAGUCCCGCCGCAAUCAAUCAAACUCCCCUGCCACCGCUCUUGUUCAUACCGGCGAUGUCACACCGGCACCAACCGCGACUCGUGGAGGCCGUGGAGGAUCACACCGCGGUGGGCGAGGCCGCUCUUCUUCUCAACGCGGCGGCGGGCGCGGCCGGCAGCCGGCCCGCGUGGACUCCUCUCCGUCUUCCGGCCAGUGGCCCCCACCCCCUCCUUGGGCCUACUGGUUACAACAACCCGGUUGGGGUACCCCUCCAUGCCCAUACCCAGGACUGCCUUGGAAUAAUCAGCCCCUUCAACGUCCUUCUGGAGCUGGCAUACUAGGCCCUCGUCCGCAGCAGGUCCACGUGGCAGAACAUGCACCGACUGAUUUGGCCGCAGCUAUGCACACGAUGAAUUUAUCUCCUCCCGGUGACCAAUGGUAUAUGGAUACUGGGGCUUCAUCAAAUAUGACGGCCUCUCCAGGACUUUCAGACGGGCAUUCCAAUCAUGCGGUCUAACAGUAUUGGCGAAUUGUAUCCGCUUCACUCAUCUUCUCCGCACUCACUACAGCAGUCCGCGUUCGUUACAGUCCCGGCCCAAGUUUGGCAUGACCGUCUUGGCCACCCCGGGGCCCCUAUUUCCAAAUUUCUUAGUGCAAAUAAAAUGUUACCUUGUAACAGACCCAUUUCCCAUUUAUGUAAUUCAUGUCAAUUAGGCAAACACAUUAAAUUGCCUUUCUCUUCCUCUGAAUCUUUUACUUCUCGACCAUUUGAAAUAAUUCAUAGUGAUAUUUGGACUUCACCUAUUAUUAGUACACUUGGUCACAAAUACUAUGUUAUUUUCAUUGAUGAUUUCACCAAAUUUAUUUGGACAUUCCCUAUGCAAUACAAAUCCCAAACCUUCUCUA